GAAGCUAAUGCUAUUCGGGGGCCGUGACGUUGGAAAGUUCUGGAAUCCGCGAUGUUUGCCAUCCACGAAUGUGUGUUCAGCUAACUAACAGGAGCAGAAAACAUGUCUGGACCGUUUCGUAGCAGCAGGUGUGCAGUCAGAGCUGGAACACCUGAGUUUCCAACUGGGUGUGGCAACCAGUCGCUCCACUUCGGAGAAGACUUCCAGGCUCCCAUGGCUCUGCAGGAGCUGGGCAUCAGCCUGUCCAUGAUGGGUGUCGCCGGCACCAUGCUGAUCUGCGGCCUGCCCAUGUGGAAGGUCACGGCCUUCAUCGGCACCCACCUGGUGGUGAUGCAGGUGUUCUGGGAGGGCUUGUGGAUGACCUGCGUCAGCGAGUACACGGGCCAGAUGCAGUGCAAGCUCUACGACGCCCUGCUGGACCUGGCGCCGGAACUCCAGGCGGCCCGCGGCCUCGUUUGCGUCGGCCUGGUGCUGGGCUGCCUCGGGUUCCUCGUCUUCAUCCUGGGAGCUCGCUGCACCAACUGCCUGGGCCGCCCGCGGGUCAAAGCGAGGGUGGUGAUCGGCUCCGGCGCCAUCUUCUGCCUGUCCGCGCUCACCACGGUGGUCGCUGUCGCUUGGACCGCCAACACCAUCAUCACGGAUUUUCACAACCCCAGAGUUCCUGAGGUGCUGAAACGAGAGCUGGGCGCGGCCAUCUACAUCGGGUUUGUGACGUCCGGGCUGCUGUUCUGUGGAGGAGCCGUUCUCUGCCUGACCUGCCCACCAGAACCAGACGGGGUCCACUCCAGCGGCUACAUGCUGGCCGAGACUCCCACCCGGAGCAGCUACGCCAUCAAGAACUACGUAUGACAACAGAAACAAAACCACGACCUCUUGACCUCUACGGACUUCUUCAAGCCUUUUAUGGUGCUUGAUCCUUAAUUACAAUCUGUACACUGCAAAAUUCUACCACACAUAUGUUAUCACACUUGAAAUACAACAAAACUAACUUACAAAAACUCUCCAGCGAGAUAUGAUUGACUUAAAGCUUCAGUCUGUAAGAUUUUUAAUAAAAAUGUCACCAAAUGUCUGACAGUUUGAGGCAAAUAAUCUGAGAAAAGAUCCAUCUCCUCACUUCCACCCUGAACUGCUGCUGUCUGAACAAAUGACCAAUCAGAGCCACGAGGAGGGGCUUAGUGUUGUCAAUCAAACUUAUGUGCAUGCUGCUAAAUGUGUGAAUGGCGGAGAAACAACUUACUUUUCCAGAACAAAAUCAUGCUAACUAGCUUAACAAGAAACUGCAGAGCAAGAGAGUGAGGGAUGGGGGGAGUGACACGCUGUCAGGUUCUGUGUUUUUCUGUGUUUUAAUUCCGAGUUUCUGUGUCCUGAGUCUCCUCGUUGUCCUGUCUUCCCCUUGAUUCCCAGGUGUGUCUUGUUCCCCUGAUUGCCCUCAGUGUAUUUAGUCCCUCCUGUGUCCUUUGUUCCUCGUCGGGUCCUUGUAGUUGAUUGUCGUUGUUUUUUUGU